CAGCCGACCCCGACACCCUUCCAGCAGUGGGCAGCUCUCAGCUUUCCAGGCCAGGAUGGAACCUCUUCUCUCCUAGUCUGUGCUCAUGUCUGGGACUGACCCAAAAGAAUGUCACCCUCGGGCAGGGAAAAUGUAAAAUUCCCUCCGACUGGGACCCCAAACUGCGGUUUACUCCAGAGAGGAGUGACUUUGCCUUGAACGAAGUGGUGCAGCUCAGCUGUGAAGGGAAGAUUCCUGGGAAGUUUGCACCAUCUGUCCCGCAGAUUCAAUGCAUUUCCAGAGGGGGCCGGAUCCUGUGGAAUGAGAUUCCCACCUGCAAGGAAACAUGCCAAAGGCCUGCUUGGUGGGACCCCAGACUCCAGCUGGCACCAGCCCGUGACAGCUACACAGUGAAUGAAGAAGUGACUCUGAGCUGCAAUGGUAGUUUCCAGCCGUCCUUCACCCAUGUCAAAUGUGCAAACGGGGUGCAGCCACUGAAUUAUUCCACGUCCCUAAAGGAAGAUGUGUGGCUGGGAAGAAUCAGCAGUGGUGUGUGGAUUCAGGUUCAGGAGAACAUAGAGUGCAUUGAGAAAUGCCAGAAGCCCCAGUGGGACUCCAAGUUUUUCUUUAACCAAGAACAAGGGACCUUCAACCCAAAUGAAGUGGUGAAGAUACGGUGUCCUGAGGGGUACUGGCCUCCAUACAUGGAGAUCAAAUGUGUGGCAUUGAAGCCACAGGAAGGUUCCAUGAUUCCUCGCAGUGGCUGGAUAGUGAAGAGUGGCACAGACACCUGGCACCUUGUGGAAGAGACCUUGACCUGUGUGGAUGUCCUCCAGGUUUUCCAUGAGAACCUGGAGGUUUCCAGCACCAGCAUCAAACUGAACUGGACCUGCAAAUUCCCUCGUAUGUGCCACCACAUUCGGGCCAGGUGCCGGAUGGAGUACCAUUCCUCAAACUGUGAGGCUGAGGACGUGAAGGUAGAGGAGAAACUACUAGGCCAGAAGGGAACAUUCAUCUGCUCCCCUCUGCAGCCCUUCACGGUCUACAGUGUCAUCAUCUCCCUGCUGCCUAGCACAAUCCUGUACACAGACCUCAUCAUGACAAAGGAAAUGGUGCCAGACAAGCCAGAGAAUCUGAGGAUGGAUUCCAAAACAGGGACCAUCAGGUGGGAGGCACUGCCCUCCUGCAAAGGGGAGAUCACUGGAUACCAGCUGAACAUCACCACCGUGAGAGUAGAGGACGGCAGCUACCUUGAUUUCAGUCAGGUGUUGUUGAACCAUUCUGUCUCUGCAUAUGCGCCACCUCAUCAGACAGCUGGCAGCAAAUACCUGGUGACAGUGCAGGGCCUGACGGCAGCUGGGGCUGGGGCUGCAUCACAACUGGAAUUUGAAGCCUACGUCCGGGUUUCAGGGCAGCCUCCAGGCCCUUGGCCUGGGUCAGCAGUCACUGUAGUGGUGGUGGUGGUGCUGUUGAUCCCCUUGUCUGCUGGGGUCAUCUGGUUCAUGCUGUUCAGCAGCUCCUUGUCCUUCCUCCAGCUGAACAUCACCACCGUGAGAGUAGAGGACGGCAGCUACCUUGAUUUCAGUCAGGUGUUGUUGAACCAUUCUGUCUCUGCAUAUGCGCCACCUCAUCAGACAGCUGGCAGCAAAUACCUGGUGACAGUGCAGGGCCUGACGGCAGCUGGGGCUGGGGCUGCAUCACAACUGGAAUUUGAAGCCUACGUCCGGGUUUCAGGGCAGCCUCCAGGCCCUUGGCCUGGGUCAGCAGUCACUGUAGUGGUGGUGGUGGUGCUGUUGAUCCCCUUGUCUGCUGGGGUCAUCUGGUUCAUGCUGUUCAGAAAAAAGAAGGCCUUGCCCAGAAAUGCUGAGGAGGAUCAGUACACAGAUCUCCAGCCCUAUGAGAAUGUACAUGGGGAUAAUUACUGCGUGAUCGAGAAUUUUCUUGAGAAGGAUGCAGGUAAGUGUGGCCAGGCUGGAGAGCCAUUUCCCCGCUCCCCGCUUGUUCAUGAGACUCAGCAGUGAGGAAGAAGAGCAGCUGGAGUGGACAUCUGAGGCACUUCCCUUCUCAAGACUUGGUCCUCCACCACCAGAAGCAUGACAAUGAGUUAUCCCAUGAGUUAUUGCUUCCCCCCAAAAUUUUCUUCUUCAUCAAGCUCCAGAGUCCUCUGUCACAGCACAGGAGCAGCUUUAGGCAUGGGAUGACCUCCUCAUGACAGCAAGGAUAUGUCCUGGUAGUUUUCGAGUGCUCUGGCAUAGCCAUCUCACCAGCAUCUUGGUGCCUGCAUAUAUUCCCUGAGAUUGGAGGAGCUCACAACUCCUCUUUCCAGGCUGUGUUCUUGUAUCCAUCUAUACCCUGUCCUCUGCUUGAGUUUGGCCUAGCUGUGCUGCCCUGGCCACUUUGCUGCUGUAU